AUGGAGGCCCCCAGCGGCGACGCAGCGUCGCCCGCUCCCACCACACAACCUCAGGAUGCCGCUUCGCAACCGCCCCAGUCUGCUGCCAAUGAUCGGCCAAAUUUCGUCCAUUCCGAUGAGACCAACCUGAAGCGAAGUUACUUGAGACUUCUACCACCUGUGCAGGUCGUCGAGAUAUGCCUGAGCUUUGACCCUUAUGUGCCCCCGGACGUGAAGAACAGGAUAUGGCCUGUGGACUUUCACUCCGCCAUUGCGGCACUCCAGCUGGAAGCUUCGGUGUUGCCCAGACUACCUGGCCCCUCUCGUGAACCCCCCUUUGGACAUACGCCUGUAGCCAAGGCUUCUGCUCCGUUCCUUACCAAUAGCCCAACCGCCACUGCGCAUGGCAAUGAUCCACCGCCUAUGGAUUCGCUGCAAGACCCCGCAUCAUCGUCCAAUACACCUGCCGCCCAAACUGAACAGACAGCGUCUACAACAUCACUGGGCAGUACCGCAACUACCCAACCGACUCCGCAGCUGCAGCCAGUCGGCGGUCCUAGUCAUUCCAAUUCGCCCGCUCCCACCACUCAGCCCAACAAGCCUCCUUCCGCCUAUGCUCAAACCCAACCGCCGUACCCCCAUGUCCCUUAUGGCUACCAUCCCCAUCACCUCUACCCGCAUGCGUCCUACUACGGUCAUCCUCCAUCAGGUUACCCGCCCCAUUAUCCCCCAUACCCCGGCGCAUAUCCCCACUAUCCUCAAGCAGGUGCGUAUCCUGCAACUCCGCACACCCCACCAGUUCCCCACCACGAGCCGCCGCCCCCGACGCGCCCGCCUAUUCUCGGUGGGCAUCCUGGUGGCUCGGCAGAAGACUUACCGAGCUACGAAGAUAUGAUCGUGGAGGCGCUCAUGGAUUGUGCGGAUCCGGAAGGUUUGGCGCCGAAGAAUAUGUUCCUGUGGAUGGCGGCGCGAUAUCCGUUACAGUCAAAUUUCAGGCCAUCAGCGAGCCAGGCGCUGCAGAAAGCGUUCAAACGUGGUCGAUUGGAGAAGAGUAGCGACGGGAAGUACCGUCUCAACGCUGCUUGGGAAGGUGGAAGUACGUCAAAACGCACCACGCGACGUCCGCAGACGCAGACGCAAGUUGCUCUGUCGCAUGACCUUCAAUCAUCGAAGUCUCCAUUUACGAAUGCCCCACUCGCUCAUCGCGCAGGCAGUGCGCCGGCUAAUGUUCCUCCCAACUAUAAUUCGCCCCUCCAUGCGGGUGCAACGCCCUACCCUUACCAGACCUCCGGGUAUCCCGGUUACCAGUAUUCUGGUUGGCCGGCUUCCUUGCCAGCUGGUCAUGCUCAGGCCCAGAAGACUACCGUCUCGUCGACCAGCGCAUCUGCGAACAACGCUUCCAAACCUGAUGCAAAUACCCAAUCCGCUGAGGCCCCGCAUGUCGAUGCUUGGGAGGCUGCGCAGAGCAUUCUCAAGGCGAUCAACUUUGGACCUCUGCUGGAACAAGCUAACCUGGGCGCAACAAGUGUGGAUGUGCAGCCUCCUGAACCCUCGGCCACGGCUUCCCAGAUCAAUGGAGACGGAUCCGGGCCGGCGCCUACUUUGACAGACGAGGAGAAAGCGGCCUUGCAGGCUCAGUUGGCGCUCUUGGCUGCGCAGCUCGAAGAGAUUGCGGAAGAGGAGGAGAUGCUGGCUACCGCGGAACAUCACGAUCCAGCCGAGGUUGUAUCUGGCCCUUCCAGGCAAUCACAGACUGAACGUACAAGAGAACGGGAUGAGGACGUUGAGAGCGAGGAUUCUGACGAGGAUAUGGAGAUGGUUGAUGUGUCGGUUCCUAUCGAUCCACCACGGACAUGAUUGAACGGUUUAUGGUCUUUGGCUGCAUGUCACUGCUUGUCGAAUUGCUCUGUAUCGCACUGCUGUCGUCUCUCUCGUAGUACAUAUAACGUCCAAAGUCUGGCUAAUUUGGAUUGAAGAGAGAUUGCACAUUUUCGCCCGGAC